GCAAACUCAGACUUCCCUACGUAAUUCCUUAUCUCAGUUGUUCUCCAUCUUGAUUCCCCUAGGCUUCUAAUAGCUGUAUGAUCUUCAUCUAUCUAAUUCAAUUUCAAGGUGCGGAAAGAAUUCGGUAUCAGCAGGGGUGUGAAGACCGUGGUACUCAACUCUGGUGGACAAGGUUUAUAAGGUUUUGAAAGUUUGUUUAUCUUCAUCCUGCGCCCCUUUCUCCGUGCCCGUCCCACCCAGCGAUGGCGAGGAUGAAAAGUGGUGUGAAGAUGAACCAUCAUGGAAUGAUUAUGCAUAAUUAGUUUGGUCUGUUGUUUCAUUCCAUUGGAAGUAUUGAUCCUAAAAUUUCUGCUUGGUAUCAUUGGAAAUCAAAAGCAGGAGCCGGGAAGAGAUAUAGUAUAACCAGUAAACUCCGUUGCAUUUCACCCAGUGUCUGGUUGGUCCACAUCAGGGUUUAAAAUAUACCGUAAGAACGGUGAUAGUUUAAAGGUAAGAAGUAGAACUCCCCUGCUCCAAAAACCCUAUAAAAGCUGCUGCUCAAAAUCCUCCUUAAGUUCAGGAUGCCGAUGCAGAAAAGUAUUGCUGAUGAACUCUACUCCGACAUUCAAAGACCAAAACCAGAAUUUGGUCAAACAUCAAGUACCAAUGUUGAGCAAUCCCAUUCACUAGAUGGAGGGGAUGAAGAGUGGUGUGAAGAUGAAUCAUCAUGGAAUGGUUCAGAUAUCAAAUCUGAUUUAUCCUCAGACCUAGACAGGGAAUGGCAAAGAAGAAAAAACCAAUUCAACGCGAUUGGAUACCGUGAUGGCCUAAUAGCGGGAAAAGAAGCUUCAGCACAAAUAGGUUUCAAUGUUGGAUUCAAGGAAUCUGUAAUUUUUGGUUAUAAUUGGGGUCUUGUUAGAGGUGUUACAGGAGCUCUGGAUUGUGUUCCUGUUGAAUUAAGAGAGAGGGUCAUUGAAUCACAGGAAACAAGUACCAAGUUCCAUGACUUGUAUGAAUCUGUCGAUAAAUUGUCGACCGAAGAUGCACUAAAGUUGUUUGCUGAUGACCUCUCUAAAAGAAGGAUCACAGGUGGUGAUGAAGAAAGCAUUUUGCCUGGUGAAGAAAACAAAUUAGAGGGCAGUGUUCUACAUAGUUAUUAUGGACAACUUCAGUCUCUCAUCGUGGAGUCCCCUGCAAUUGAUCUUCAAUUAUGGGAUAAAACAAUCCAUGUUUCAUCAACAAACUAGGAUCUUUCACUUCCAUGAGGUAAUGUUUUUGAUGAAACAAAUAGCUGGUAACUAAUCGCUUUCUUUUUACUCCGCGAUCAUAUCUGUUGAUGAUGCAUGGUACUAUUUAUUUUCUUGUA